CAUGGGUUUAACAUCACAUCUAAAAAAAACAUCAACAGAGAAGAAAACAAACAAACAUGGCAGAUCCUUAAAGGAAAAAUAGAUGUGGGUUUGAUGGGAGGAAUCCCACCUACGGGAUCAAGCUCCCACCAUUCCCUUCACCAUUUCCCUAAAAGGACUCUCUGUUUCGAAGAUUACCUAAAGCAAGUGAGACUUAGAGCAUGCAACUCUUUUGAAACCCAAAAACGGGAAGCUCCUCUGGAAGCUCGAUGAUCCUCUCCCAAGAAUUUGCUUUGCUCAAAACAGAAAAUCCUUCUUCUUCGAAACCCCUCUCUUUCGGACUUCUCUCUUCUGCUUCUCUUUUUUUUUUCUUGUUUACAGUGACGAGAAGAAAAAUGCAACACAGAAAAGAACAACCCAGAAGAGAAAAAAACCGAAAGAAAACUAAAAAAAAACAAACCAAACUAAAAAAUCAACCCCCCAGACCUCCCUGUACCCUGCUUUUUGCUCUAUAUAUAUACCUAAACAACAAAAUAAAAAAAAUGAAAUAAAUAAAGAAAAGUCUUGCUCCGUUAAUCACUAAUGAUGCCAAUUUUGUCUGGUAUUGUUGUUUUUUUUGUAUGGCUGUAGCGUGCAGGAGGCAGGGGCACGGGAUUGGGCACAGAGUGCAGGAGGCGCAGGGUCGGUGCAACAGUAGGGGGCGUAGGCGGCAAGGGUUGGUUCAGUGCAGCAGCAGGGGGUGUAGGAGCAUGAUUGCCGAAAGUAGGGGUAUGAUUGGGCGCAGAAGGCACGGGAUCUUGGGCGUAGAAGGCACGGGAUGCAGAGGGGAGAGUGCAGAGCAAGGCCGGGCGCAUGAGCCAAGGGCGCAGAGUGCAGGAGGCAAGGCUCGAUUGCGGAAGCAAAGGGGGCACGGAGCAGGGCUGGCUCGCGGUAAGCAGGGGGCGCAGAGGUGCGGUGAGCGUGGAGCAGGAAGGCUGGUUCGGGUGUAAGGGAGGAAGAAAGUUUUGGAUGCUUUCCUUUUUCUUUUUUUUUUUUUGGGGUUUUUUUAUGGUUUUUGGGUUUGGUAUUUGGGUUUUGAGUUUUUGUGGGUUUUGGGUAAUUGGGGUUUGAGUUUGGGUUUUGGUUUGGGUUUGAUGGGUUUUGGGUUGGACUUGUAAAAUUCGUUUUGAUGAACUUCAUCCCUCCAACUUUUGAUU